GAAGUGUCUGUUCCUCUGCUGUACUGUUCCUCUACUUUCACUCUGAAAAAGCAGGCGAUUUUGUCAUCCUGAAAAACAUUUGGAAACACAGUGAGUUAUUUUUAGUCCAUUCGAUGAGUGGUACUGUUUCGUUCUCUAAAGAAAACGUGCAAAUCGCACAAGCGAAUGAUAAAAAGGAGGAGGUCUGAGUGUUGUAAAUAGUUCGGCCUCUGCUUGUUCCCAGAGGUGUUGUUUCCAAAUGCUUCCCCUCCCUCAGAAUGAAGUAACGUCAACCGAGGCAACUUCUGCCAAGUUUUAAACUGGGCUUGCGAGCAGCAGGGGUCUCCCAGACCUCGGCGAGCUAUUUCUAAACAGCCUGCCGUUGUGUGCUGGUGGGAGGGAGCUGUGUCUGUCGCGCAGUGCUUUGAAACGUGUCUCAUUACCAUCAGAAAAGCCAAAGAACCUUCUGUCCAGGAGCCAGCAAUCGGGCAAAGUGCGUCGGAAAGCGUCCAUGAAGGAACAAAUCGUUUAGCUUUCAAAGAUGCUCACUGGAGCUGCUUUCGAACCUGUUGAGCAGGGGGACUCGUGCAACAGUUGAAGAGAAAUGUGUGGAUUGCGUUUAAUUACGUUUGGGAUCUGUGCCGCCCUGGCUUGGAGUUCAGAUGGAGCCCAUUCACAGGCUUAUAGUCAUUCAUUGGACAUUCAUUCAUCAUACUACACUUAUGAAUAUAUAACAACACCCUUAAAGUGGCAGCACGCAUACAAAUAUUGUGAGCUACGCUUUGGCAGCCUGCCUGGUGUCAGUGAUGUGGAAGAAAAGAGUGUUCUGUUGGAUCUGUUAGCUUUACAAGGUGUUAAUCAGCAAAUAUGGAUGAAUGGAGAAUCGAAUGUGGCAAAGAGAAGGGAUGAAACCUUGGAGGGAAACAGGCAUCUAGCAGUGUUGAAGUUCCCAAUUAAAACGGACACCAAGAAUGCCAGGAUUCUCAGCGUGCUGCCUUCUAUGUCGGCUGUUACAGCCUGCGCGCGCCUACAGUGGGAUAACCAGACAGACACCAUUGCCACGGUAUUCUCCUACGCUGUUCCGAUGUUCACGAACGCAUUUCAGCUGCGCGGCCGUAUUAACGAGACUGGAUUCAUCCAGCUGGCCCUGAUCGUAUACGGCCACCACACGGCUUAUCGGACAGCGCUGAGGAGCGACGGGCAGUGGCACCACAUUUGCGUUACGUGGCGAACAGAGAAGGGGGCUUGGUCUUUCUACGCUGACGGCCAGGAGGUGAGUUCAGGAGAGGGUUGCCACAGCUCUAAGCUUCUUGCUGGAAAUGGGACCUUCAUUAUCGGUCAAGAACAAGACGCAUUGGGAGGUGCGUUCAAACAAGACGAGGCUUUUAGCGGCAACAUCACAGAUCUGAACAUCUGGUCACAGGCGCUGGAUGGCAGUCAGAUUGCGGCAGUCAGCGGGUGUUCCCCCCCUCCUCAGCAGCAUCUCGCCUACCGAUGGAACGUGACCAGCUUGGAACUUACAUCAGUGGAAGUUGGGGAAAUUCAUCUGAAAUGUUCAGCGGCCAAUGUUUCCUCAGCAGAGUGUCGGACUUUUGAUGCUGUGUCUGGAGUUGAAAGCCGACUGGACUGUGAGCUUCCCCUCACAUUCAUCUGCCAGUUCAACAAAGAUACGUAUCUGAAGUUGAAGAAGUUUGAGUUGGAUCCACGUAGUUCAUUCAAUGCCAAAUUGAAUGAAUUUUCCAAAAAUGUCACUGUUACCGAUUACAUGUUGCUGAGCGGAGUCAAACUUGUCCCCAAUGUUUCUGAAGCAGAAGCAGUACUGAAGGCGGUGCAACAUGCCCUGAGUGUGGAGAAUGCCACUCUGCAAGCAGCUGACCUGCUAGGUGUUAUCAACAUGCUGCACAAUGUUGCAGGCAUGGAGGUGGAUGCAAGUGAACCCAGGGAAGGCCUGGAAGACAUGAGCCGAAGCUUCAUAGAUGUAGCUGCCGACAUUCUUGAUCAGAGCAACACAGAGAGCUGGAGUGAAAUCAGUGAGAUUGUUCCAGGGCCAAUGGCAGUGGUUUAUGGUGUGGACAGAAUGAUGCAAAAUAUGAACAAGGUGUUCGCUUUUGGCCAGAAGACUCUCAUCAUUCGAAAUAAAAACAUCCAACUUGAAAUCAGACCAAAGCAGCUCAACGAUUUUGCAAAUGGGUUUAAUGUUUAUAUGGGUGAUGGGAUUAACAAAUCGUCUGAUCAAAUUGGACUUUCGAAGGAAGCAGUUGAAAGGCUCCAAAGAAAAGGGAAGUAUUGUUUAACAGCCACGCUUGUGAACACCUGGUACCUCACUGUUCCCAACUUGCUGGGGAGCAGCCCACUGGACAUGGGUGGUUUGGUGAAUACAGAUUUUGAUGAAGGAUUAAUACACGUCAGUACACAGGUGGCCUCUGCACUUAUUUCAUCCACUGUGUUCCAAGGAGGUCAGGAAGUCAAUACUCCGACUCAGUACAGACUGCUCCACAGAAUAAAGGCCAUUCCUUCUCUGAUCGUUCAUCCUCUCUGCGCCUUCUGGAAUUUCAGUCGGAAGCCAGGGACUGGUGGAAGCUGGUCCACACACGGCUGCAGCAUCGUCCAGUCUGAUCGCCAGUCAACAACAUGUUUCUGCAACCACACCACCAACUUUGCUUUGCUUUUCCAGAUUUAUGAAACAAAGCAAAGUUCCUAUGAAGAAGCUGUACUAAUGAAGUUAACCCUGACUGGCUGCUCUGUGUCCCUGUGUGCAAUGGUGACCACGCUGAUAGUGUUUGCAGUGCUGGGAGUUCCAAACUCCGACCGAACUACCGUCCACAAAAACCUCAUCGGUGCACUGAUCGCAGCCGAGACUCUGUUGCUGGCGAGCGAAUCUGCAAGGACACAUCGGGUGGCGUGUUGGAUCGUUACGGCUCUUCUGCACCUGUUCUUCAUGGCUGCUUUUGGCUGGAUGUUGGUGGAAGGAAUUCUCCUCUGGAGCAAGGUCAUCGCAGUCAACAUCAGCGAAGGCAGGAGGAUGAAGUAUUACUACCUGAUCGGCUGGGGAUUCCCAGUUUUUAUUGUGGUCAUCACCGUGGCAACUACCAGCGACCGAUACAUCGCUGACAAUCAUUGCUGGCUGAACAUUAAGGGCAACGUGAUCUGGGCCUUUGUUGGGCCUGUCCUUUUCACUCUAACAUUUAAUGCGUUUGUCCUGUGUCGUGUGGUGGUGAUCACAGUCUCCAGCUUCCAACGGCGCUCGGUGAUGUUGGUUUCGGGGGCCAGCCUGCCUCACCGCGUUUACUCCCAGACGUGGGCAGCUAUCAAGCCAGUGGCGAUUCUUUUGCCAGUCUUGGGUUUGACCUGGUUUUGUGGGGUUUUGGUCCAUCUCGAUAUUACACUUGGUUACAUCUUUGUUGUACUAAAUUCCUUCCAGGGCCUCUAUAUAUUCUUGGUGUACACUCUGUACAACAGCGAGGUGAGAAAUGCCAUCAAGAGAAUGAGAGAGAAAAAGAAAGCUUUGUCAUUCAAGAACUGUACAAGUUCGCGGCCAUCAAGUUGUCUUGCUGCUCCAAGAAUGACCACCGCUCUGAAUGCUGGAAACUGUUGCAGUCCUCCAACUGAGAAGAACAUUCCCACACCAGCAAAUUCAUGCAACAAAUCUGUUAUCAGUGAAGGGAAAACCAACACAUCCAGUGAGUUGCCGGGAGCAGAGGGUCUGACGUGUUUCUCACCAGGCAUGGCACCAGAUAAACAAGAUUGUGAAGCAUCAACACUGCCGUACCACCAGAGGGAAGCACCGAGCCACUGGGUGCCUUUGUGGUCGAUAUGCGUUCAAAGACCAAACGGCAACUUGUGGAAGUUGGACUUACAAGCUUCUUUGUGUUCCUGCGAUGGAUUAUAAACCUCAGCCGAAUAAGACCUCUUGUGUUGGCGAGGGAGCUCGACUGCAGAGACUGCAGUUGCUGGGAAUCCAAAAUAAAACAGCAACUGCUGGAAACACACAACAGGUCAGGCAACAUCUGUGGAGAAAAAAACAGGGUAAAUGUUUCAGGUCAAGACCUUGGGUCAAUUCUAGAAGUGAUUCCUUCCAGUUCUUCAUCUGAAACAUUAACUCUGUUUCCUUCUCCACAGGUGUUGUCCAACCUGCUGAGUAUUUCCAGCAUUUUCUGCUUUUGUGCCAAACCCAGUAAGUAUCUUUAGUUUAGUUUAGAGAUACAGCAUGGAAAUGGGCCCCUCAGCCCACCGAGUCCACAUCGAUCAUCGAUUCACACUAGUUCUGUGUUAUCCCGCUUUCUCAUCCACUUCCUGCACACUGGGGACACUUUACAGAGGGCCAAUUGACCUUCAAACCCACAUAUCAGUGGUAUGUGGGAGGAAACUGGAGCACCCAGAGGAAUCCCACACGGUCACAGGAAGAACAUGCAAACUCCGCACAGACAGGGCCCAAGGUCAGGAUGGAACAGGGGUCUCUGUCAUUGUGAGGCAAUAGCUCUACCAGCGACACCACUUCUUUCUUCUUGCAAACGUAAAAAACCCAGAGAAACUCAGCAAGUCGUGCAGCAUCUGUGUGGAGUGGAGUGGGAUGGGGGGAGAGCAUAAGGAACUGUCGAGGCUUUGGGUGGAGUCCCUGCAUUGGGAGUGAGUUUCUCUAAUAGUUUAUUCUUUGCUCUAGAUUGCAGUAUCUGCAGCCUUUGUAUCUCCAUCUGAUUUCUUGUUUGUUGAUGCAUUGUGUAAAGUUCUGUAGUAGUGAUAUGAUUACCCUGGAACAGUUAAUAUGACAGGUUAGGGCAGCUGGGGAUAGAGUUUUGCAUUGUCAGAUAGUGGACAGAGUUACUGGGGAGGAUUCAAGACACUGCCUGUAUUAUGUGAGAUCCAGUUUCCAAGGUAUAAUUGGCCAUUAUAGCAUGCUGGUGAGAGCAAUAGUUCUUUACAUAAUACGAGUCACCUGUAAGGUAUCUGAGCUUUACUGUGCAUUGGAUCAGUGACCUACUGGGGUGAUCAGAGAAGACUUGCUGGAUGUGUGUGACACUUCAUGUGAUCAACCAGGUGCAGUUGUGGGGGUACACUGGAGGAAGGGUGUUAGUGCAGCAGAGAGGGUGCAGAGAAUAUUUACCAGGGUGGACAAUGGAGGAGAGGCUGGAUUUGUUUCAAGAGGUCGGCGGGAGAUUUGAUCAUUACGAAAAGACAAUAAAUUUUGUAGGAUUAAGAUAAUGGUAGAUGGAUUAGAGAGGAAGUGAGGGGAAUGGAUUGUGGCUCUGGAUAUCAGUGCCUGGAAGGGUGUUGGAGUCAGGAACUCCCAGAAUUUUUGGAAGAUACCCGGAUGGAUAUUUCAUGUCCUGUCACCUGCAUGGCCACAGACAUGUAACUCUAUUUAAGAAGCAGAUAAAUCGAGCUGGGAAGCAGGUCUGGGCUGAGCAGCUCGUGAGCUGAUGGAAUAUAUUUGCUUUGUUAAUUCCUAGCUUGCCAAGACUCAUUUUCUGAAAUGCUUUUUCCUGUACCGAUACAAGUUCGAGACAUUCCUGAAGUUGUUCCAGGCAUUUUGGAGGCAGGAAAAUGGGAUCUCUGCUCUGUUCAGCCUUUUUAAUACUUGUCCUUGUCUGUGUACAAUCUUUGUUUAUGUGAAGUGGGAGCCAUUGUUUUAAACAAUGAUGUCUGUUACGUACAUUUGCAAGAGUAAAAACAGUGUGGAAUGCAAGUAAAAUAUAUGAAUGUGGUAAUGAUUUAGAUUCUUUAUUAACAUAAUUUAUACAUUAAUGCAAGCACAGACAAAAAUCCAAAAUAUUCCAAAACUUUAAGUAAAGUAUCACAGAAAACAGUAACUUAGGGCAGAGAUUAAAAUACAAAAGCAGUCAAUUAAAUUUGUUGUCAUUGCAAAAUACUCCUUUUUCUUAAGAAAACACAAUUUUCCAAAAAUAUACGCAGGAAAUCCUAAUAAACACUUGAAAUAUUCAGUGAUCCUAAU